GAGCAACAAUUAUUAAAGCAUAUUAACGAAGAUGAAAUAAUAAAUAGAAGGGUGGAUAAUAUGAUCGAUAGAAAAGCAGAUGAUAUGAUCGAUAGAAGGGCAGAUGAUAUGAUCGAUAGAAGGACGGAUAAU